AUCUCUGGAGGAGACUCCUCAGUCUUCUGUCGGGACAACAUGACCAUUUCAGCAUCCCUGAAUAGACAUAAUCAACGAUUGAAUGAGGAAUUACAGAAAGUCAAAAACCAGCACAAAAGCAGCAUGAAGAACAAGUUUGAGAGAUUACUUGAGGGAAUGAAACUCCAAGAGAAUGAAACCCUCCUCCUCCAAUGCUCACAAGACACUCCUAUUGACUUCAAUGACAUCUUUAAAGCCUUACCUGAACCAGGAUGUGAGGAGAAAGACCAAAUCAAGACUGUUCUUACUAAAGGCAUCGCUGGAAUCGGAAAAACUGUCUCUGUGCAGAAGUUCAUUCUGGACUGGGCCGAGGGAAAAGCCAAUCAAGAUGUAGAUUUCAUGUUUGUGCUUCCAUUUCGAGAGCUGAACUUGAUCCGAGACCAUCAGUACAGUCUUCACAGACUUCUGCUGGACUUUCAUCCUGAACUUCAAGAUCUGGACUCAAAGAUUUAUGAGGAGUGUAAAGUUGUGUUCAUCUUUGAUGGUCUGGAUGAAAGCAGAAUGGCACUGAUGUUUUCAGAUGCUCAGAAAGUUUCUGAUGUGACUGAGACUUCAUCAGUGGGUGUGUUGAUGUCAAAUCUCAUAAAAGGAGAGCUGCUUCCCUCUGCUCUCAUCUGGAUCACCUCCAGACCAGUAGCAGCCAAUCAGAUCCCCUCCAAAUACAUCAACCGUCUGACAGAAAUUCAGGGAUUCAAUGAGCUUCAGAAGGAGGAAUAUAUCAGGAAGAGAAUCAGUAACGAGCAUCAAGCCUGCAGAAUCAUCUUGCAUAUCAGAAGAGCAAGAAGCCUUCACAUCAUGUGCCACAUACCCAUCUUCUGCUGGAUCUCAUCCACUGUGCUUCAAAAGCUCCUGAAAGAAGAUCUGAGUGCAGAAAUCCCUCAAACUCUGACUGAAAUGUACAUCCACUUCCUGCUGAUUCAGAUCAACAUGAGGAAUCAGAAGUAUGAAGAAAAAAAGUCAAAAGAACUCCUCAAGUCCAACAGAAAAGUGAUUGUGAAACUUGCUGAAGUGGCUUUCAAGCAGCUGAUGAACGGCAAUGUGAUGUUCUAUGAGGAGGACCUGAGAGAGAGCGGCAUAGAUGUCACUGACGCCUCAGUCUAUUCUGGGAUUUGCACUGAGAUCUUUAAGGAGGAAUCUGUGAUUCAUCAGAGGAAAGUCUACAGCUUCAUUCAUCUGAGCUUUCAGGAGUUUCUUGCUGCUUUCUAUGUGUUUUACUGCUAUUUAUCAAAGAACAAGGAACCACUGCAGUUGUUUUUGUAUAAAUUCAGAUUAUACAGAUAUGAGAAUGUCUCUCUGUAUGAUCUACUAGCAUCAGCAGUAGAUAAAGCUCUUGAGAGUGAGAAUGGACAGCUGGAUCUGUUUCUGCGGUUCCUGCUGGGCAUCUCAUUGGAGUCCAAUCAGAGACUCUUACAGGAUCUACUGACACACAGAGAGAACAGCUCAGAGAGUGUCAGAGAAACCACACAUUACAUUAAAGAGAAGAUCAAAGAUGGACAUGGACUCUACACUGAAAGAUCUAUCAAACUGUUCCUCUGUCUGCUGGAAGUGAAAGAUCAGACCAUGUCUAGAGAGAUUCAAGAGUUUGUGAAAUCAGACAAACACUCAGAGGAAAAACUCUCUCCUGUUCACUGCUCAACAAUCGCCUACAUGCUUCAGAUAUCAAAGGAGCCGCUGGAUGAGCUGGACCUCAAGAAAUACAACACAUCAGAUGAGGGUAGAAGAAGACUGAUACCAGCUGUGAUCAACUGUAGGAAAUCUCUUCUUGCUGGCUGUAAUCUCACUGGUCAGGAUUGUGAGAGUUUGUCAUCAGCUCUACAAUCCCAAAAUUGUGUCCUGAGAGAGCUGGACCUGAGUAACAAUGACCUGCAGGAUUCAGGAGUGAAGCUGCUCUCUGAAGGACUGAACAGUCCAAACUCUCAGCUGCAGAUACUGAAGUUGUCUGGCUGUAUGGUGACAGAGGAAGGCUGUUGUUAUGUGUCUUCAGCUUUGAGUUCUAACCCAUCACACCUGAGAGAACUGGAUUUUAGCUACAAUCACCCAGGAGAUUCAGGAGUCAAGCUGCUCUCUGACAAACUGAAGGAUCCAAACUGCUCACUGCAGAUCCUAAAUGUGGAUCAUUGUGGAGAGUUCAGAAUUACAGCAGGACUACACAAAUAUGCCUGUGAUCUCACACUGGAUCCAAACACAGCAAACACUCGUCUCAUUCUGUCUGAUGAGAACAGGAAGAUCACAUAUGUGGAAGAUCAUCAGUCGUAUCCUGAUCAUCCAGAGAGAUUUGAUGAUGUUCCUCAGGUUCUGUGUGGAGAGAGUCUGACUGGACGCUGUUACUGGGAGGCUGAAUGGAGCAAAGACACUGAAAUAUCUGUGACAUAUAAAGGAAUCAGCAGGAAAGGAUUGAGUGACUGUUGGUUUGGAUUCAAUGACAAAUCCUGGAGUCUGAACUGCUCUAAUAUCAGUUUCUCUGUCCGUCAUAAUAAGAACAGUACUGAUAUACCUGUCCUCCGUUCAUCCUCUAAUAGAGUAGGAGUGUAUGUGGACGUGUCGGCCGGCACUCUGUCCUUCUACAGCGUCUCUGACACACACACACUCACACACUUACACACAUUCAACACCACAUUCACUGAACCCCUCUAUGCUGGAUUUAGGGUUUAUCCUGAUUCCUCAGUGUCUCUGUGUGACAUUAAACAGCCUCCUGUGAGAAACAACAGUGAUACACACACAACCGGUGUGGAUCAUUGUGGAGAGUUCAGAAGUACAGCAGAACUACACAAAUAUGCCUGUGAUCUCACACUGGAUCCAAACACAGCAAACACUCAUAUCAUUCUGUCUGAGGAGAACAAGAAGAUCACAUGUGUGGAAGAUCUUCAGCCGUAUCCUGAUCAUCCAGAGAGAUUUAAUGAUGUUCCUCAGGUUCUGUGUGAAGAGAGUCUGACUGGACGCUGUUACUGGGAGGCUGAAUGGAGCGGAUAUAGAGCUGAAAUAUCAGUGACAUAUAAAGGAAUCGGCAGGAAAGCAGGAAGAGACUGUUGGUUUGGAUUCACUGACAAAUCCUGGAGUCUGAACUGCACUGAUAACAGAUUCUCUGUCUGUCACAAUAAGAGCAUCACUUAUAUACCUGCGAUCAGUUCAUGCUCUAAUAGAGUAGGAGUGUAUGUGGACGUGUCGGCCGGCUCUCUGUCCUUCUACAGCGUCUCUGACACACACACACUCACACACUUACACACAUUCAACACCACAUUCACUGAACCCCUCUAUGCUGGAUUUGGGCUUUAUCCUGAUUCCUCAGUGCGUCUGUGUGACAUUAAACAACCUCCUGUGAGAAACAACAGUGAUACACACACAACCGGGUUCUCUGACUCCAAACCUUCUGGGCUCAAUAUUCAUCCACUGCUGAACUGUCAGUCUUGUGUCCAUAUAGCUGAUUCUGAUCAGUGGGUUCAGAUUGAGCCGUCGGCCUGUACAGAUGGAGGGUCAAAGUUCAGGGUCAGCACUGACCCAGGCCAUUACGAGUGUGUCAGGACCAGAAUGCGAUGGGUCUGUGACUGUGACGUCACCCUUCAGUACUGUACCGUAGACGGACACUUCCUCAACAAAGAGCUGGAGAGGCUGCAGUGUAACCGGAUCGGUCCAGUGAUUGACGUGACGGUGAUCUCAGGGAAACUGGAGGAAGUUCAUCUGCCCCAUUACGCCUGUUUAGGAGAGUCUGACCCCUCUCUCAAAGAUGCUGUGAAAGUCCUCAGCGUAAAAGACGAGGGAAUAACCACAGAACCUGUGCAGUUGACCCGAUUCCAUGCUAAGAUUGUCCAACCAUCCUUCUCUCUUAAAACGUUAAUAAUAAGUUGGAUAAUGCGAGUGGAUGAACACUGCGAUCUUCUUCUCUACAUGUGUUCUAAAGUUCCAGUCAUUCUACACGUCUACUUCUUUCCAUUUGAUGAUUGUGUAAAAGAAAAAGUUGAGAGGGAUGAAAAAUCAAGUUACCCAAUCAAACAUCCCAGACCUGACAGGCCACUUCGGAUGAAAACACCACACAAGCUUAGUGUUCCUGGUGCCUCCAUCCAUCCAAAUGAAGGGAUCACAUUCAGAAGAGAAACUCCCCCAAACUACUUCAAGGUCACGACACGUCUGGAGAAUGAUCUUUAUUUGUCUCUUACCAGAACGGGUAAUGAAGAGGAUUUUGUCUGGACUGCAAUAAUUGAGAGAGAUGAACUUAAUCAGAUUCUAAGAAGGAUGAGUAGGGUUGAGUAGAAACCGAGUAUUCGAUACGAUGCGCAGAUUUCGAUUCUGUUUAUGGAUUCCUGACUUUCUUCAGUCAUUCUCACACAGUGAACAGCAGUGAGCAUUUUACAAUUGUAUCUAUCUGCUAGGACCUGUGACAAGGACCUUAUCUUAUCACGCACAUACGCAGUUCAUUAAAAUCGGCACUGACUUUUGCUUCAACAUGGCAUUAAUCUGAUGGAAUCCACCGUGUUCAAACAUGUUGUGUCUAAAAACGCAUGGAAAGCGCCGCCGCACCACUUUCUCCUUCUUUUCCAAAGCGCUUUCGCUCCUAGGGCAUCUGUCUUUGCUAUGCAACCUUGAACUGAGCUCUGCAAGAACAUUAUUCUUGAAGUAUUUGCUCUUUUUCUGUCUGUAAAAAAAAUAUUGGAAUCGGAAUCGAGAAUCAAUAAGAACCAGAUUCGAUAAGCAGAACCGGAAUCGUUAAAAUUCAAAUGAUACCCAACCCGAGAGGUGAGACUCAUCUAAAUAGUGAGGCAGAUAAAGCAAUAUAUUUCGAUAACCAGAGAUGGGUAGAGUAUCCAAAAACUGUACUCAAGUAAAAGUAUUUAUAGAAAUAUUUACUCAACGUAAAAGUGAAAGUAAUAAUCUUAAUAGUUACCUGAGUAAGAGUAAAAAAGUAUCCAUUGAAAAACCACUCAAGUAGCUGGUUACUAAACACUAAAAUAGCAUGUUAUUUUUCAAUUAUUAUCAUAAUUACAUAUCUUUGCAACAAACUCAGAAGAGACAAGCAUUAUCUAUGGCAUCUGUAGCCCUUAUCAUUGCAUAAUAACGUAUACAGUUGAAAAAAAAACCCUUAACCGCUCAUAACUGCUGAACAGCUGGACACGAACAAUGUUCAAAUGCAUUUUUCUGUCUGUUCUCCAAAAUAUAAUCUAUGGAGUUAUUUUACUGUCAAAUGUCGAGAGCGCAUUAUUAAUGUCAUGCGCGAGCGCAAAUCUCUCCGCUCUCAAGCAAAUUUCCUUUGCUCUCGCACAAAACCGGGCUGUGUUUGUUACGGAUGCUGGUAGAGCAAACACACAACGAGGAAGAAUACCAUAUAAUAAGUCUUAACUUGAUAAUCCACAAGGAAAAACACAGAAUCCAGAACAGGGCAUACACCAACACAUUCAAAAUCCAAAGGAGACCUGACAAAGAACUGAACACAGACAGGAACUUAAAUACACUGACACAAACAAGCUUAACAGGUUAACAAGGGGGCGUGGUUCAAUGAGUGAGGAACACGUGACAAAAUGCAAACCAAAACAAACCAAACAUGACGGUGACUGUAACACUACCCCACCCUCCCGGUGGGUGUGUCCUCGCGCCUUAAAGUAACAUCAAAAGGGAGGUCUGGAGGGGGAUCUGGAGGAGGACGGCUGGCCAGGAGGAGGUGGGAAACAAAAGUCUGGGGUGAAGAUGACGGUGGGAUGAUCCAGGGUGUGGCCUUGAGCAGAGGCAGAUGUUGUGAGCUGACCCAGGUCACAGCUGAGACUAUGCCCCAUGGCGGCGGCGCAGGAGGGAGGAGCCAUGGAGCGAUGAUCACUGGAGCCACCAUGGGGAUGACUGAAGGUGACGGAGACACAGAUGAAGAAGCCUACCGCGAAGCCAGAGAGCCAAUGUAGUGGAGGGACUCCGAAGAUCUAGACGGCCGCGACGUAGCCGUAGUGACGACCCCCCGAGGUGAUGGAAGAGAUCCGGAGGGCUGAAGUCGAGCAGGAGAGACCGAGGGCGGAGGUGGACCUUGAGGAAGGAAUGAGCUGGCCGAAGACGAAGGGGUGGAGGGCCGGAGUGUAGCAACGUAAGUCUAGUAGCGUAGCGUAAGUCUGUGCCGUAGGCGUAGCGAUGUCCGACCCAGGUGGAGCCGACAUACUGAGGGAGCCCUGCGAGGCUGAAAGUCUGACGGUCUCUGCUGGCAUCGAGGGAGGAAGGAGCGUAGGCACAGGAGUUGGGACGUCAGAUCGAGGAGGACUGGAGCAUGCAGAGGCAGAGGGCGGAGCCAAGGACUUCUCACAGCCGUGACGAGAUGGCUCCCAGAGGGCUCGAGGUGUAGCCUCACCACUGAGAGGAGGCGCAGAUCAAGGGGCAGGCAUCGAUGAAGGGGCGACAGGAAUAGCUGGGGACUGGGGCAAAAACUGUGGAGCAGAGAAGGUCCAAAACAAAAAACAGAGUCCAAGGAGUGCUGGAGAGGUAGUGGAUGAGGGAGGUUUGGAGGGAACACAGGGCUGGAUGGAACCUUCGGGGAGAUGGACAGUUCAGGGCUGGACGGAACCAGCGGGGAGACCGACAGUUCAGGGCUGGACAGAACCAGCGGGGAGACCGACAGUUCAGGGCAUGAAGCUCCCUCGAGGCCCCUCCCCGGACAGCAGCGCCUUGGUGGUGUUGAGGCCGGCAUACAAGAACUUGCACAGGCUGCUGUCUGGGAAAUGUGUAUAUGGUGCUAGAAACAAAAAGUCCUCCAAAUGUGCCUCGAGGGAGCGGUCCUUCUGCUCAAGGCAGAGCAACAGAAAUGCAGGUGUGUACAUAAUGGCGGAGACAAAAAAAGUUGAAACACGAAAAAACACUGACACGGAAAAACAAACAAAAAAACUGAUGACAAAAUAAUGCCGCAGCUGUUUUGGUCGGGUCUUCUGUUACGGAUGCUGGUAGAGCAAACACACGACGAGGAAGAGUAACGUAGAAUAAGUCUUUACUUGAUAAUCCACAGGAAGAAACACAGAAUCCAGAACAGGGCAUACACCAACACAUCCAAAAUCCAAACGAGACCCGAAAAAAAAACUGUAUGCUGGAUGUUACAGGGAUUUGUGGAAACAUCUAAUUAUUGUGAUACAACAUUUGCCUCGCAUUUCAGGAUGAAAAGACAAACAUUUCAGGUGAAGUGAUAAUCCACUUCUUACUUCCGAGACUGUGUUGAUCUAUAUUAUUUUUAUUGUUUGUAUUGGGCUUAUUAUUAUUGCUGAUCACUGUUGUUGUGCUAUGAUAUUGUAAUAUUUACAGUCUCUUUAAAGGUUUAAAAAUUGAAUUUAUC